UAGUCGUACCUUCCCGAUCAGAAGUACUUCAAAUAGAUGAAAAUCGUCUAAACCCUAGAACACACCUGGGUAUCACAUUCAUACCGGAGGCGGAUCAUUGUAGCCAAUUCUGUUAUUAUGCACGGACGUAACAGCGAAAGGCAAUACCAGUUGACAGCUCAGAAGCACAGCGAGAAUGUUUUGAAGUUGCAACGUUUCCGGAUAGACGCGCAAUACUUUGUACGUGAAUGCGAAGUAGCUAAACAUUACGACUCCUGGAACACGAAGGAUCUGAAAAGCGAAAACUGUCUGACGCGAAACGGAAAAAACGAGCAGCUUCAAGCAAAGAAGGACCGACUGCGGAAACUUCUUAACGAAGAGGAGAAUUCUUAUCAAAAGGAAUUGGACUCAAAGAAUUUCGGAUCAUGUUGCCAAUAAACGGAAGGCAUAGCGGUCUCCCUUCUGUGGUGGAAAGGCCAAAAAAAGUGUACAAUGAGAAAUUAGAAGCGAAAAUAGUAAAUUUUCCGAAUGCAUUAACACCUUCGUUAAUAAAGAAAACGCUGGGCGGCGAUGGACAGUCCGGAACUAAUUCCACCCAGUAUCUAUAUUUUGCGUUGGCACCACCAGAGUCAAGAGCUCCCGAUGUAGUUCGCACAUCGCAUGAUCUGAAAGAUUAUCCACACUAUUUUCGUUUACAUAUGCAACCGGACUUGCAUCCACCUUUCGGCAACAUUGUACAUCCAGAAUCAAAGAUCUCACGGAAGAUCAUGGAUCCAAUUGAAGUUCAUCGACUAUUUAUGUCGCAGCAAAAAGUACAUCAAAGAAAAUACUUUAAAACAGCAAGUGAAAAUCAACGGACUUUCAGUGAGCAUGAAUUGAAGCAGAUCUGGUUCUCUUUGAAAAAUGAAGAAACAUUGGAUAAACGUGCGGAAUUUGAAACGUGGGAACUACAAGCAAACGCCGAGAACAAACCGAUACAUAGCUUGUAUUGGCUCUAUAAACAGUAUCAAUCGAUGUAUUGGCUCGCAGUAUCAUACUGCUAUGUGGCACAAUUUAAUACAUACACCGCCGAAGAAGUAUUCAAGGUUUGUUAUAAAAUGAACUAUGAAUUGUGGAACAGGGAACGAACCUUAUGGAAUCCAACAUUGACUGACAAGCCGUUGUUUGUAUGGAUCUGCGAGCCGCGCGUCUGGCAGUGUACGUGGACGUGUCGCCGCGACGAUACAACACCACUGCGUAGCCAAGAACGCUUCUGGUUGCAGCCACGCUCGGACGAUGCGAAGAAAUUAAAUGUAGAUUGGACUGAUAUUAAUGAAAAGUUUCAGAGGAGUAAUUUACGUUCAAAAAUAUACGAGAUGUAUUUCGAUACGAGAAAAUGGAAAAAUCAUAUUCCUGAAUGGGUACAAGAGAUGUUCACUCUAGUUAAUGACAAAGAAGAAGUUAAUGACAAAGAAGAAGUUAAUGACAAAGAAGAAGUUCACGAAAAUGAAAGUAUCGGACGCAAUGAGAUCGAAGAAAAUGGAAUAAACGAAGAAAACGAAGAGGUUGUUGCCCAUCCUGGAAGAGCGUAAUGAAAAGUCGACGAU